UACAGUAGGAACAUACUAUUCACCAUUGUUUGUUCUAGGUUCCAGUGCCUCCGUUCAGGUCUGUUCCAGUGCAGUAUAACAUGCCUGGUGUUUAGGAUGGAGGGAGAGGGAGAGGUGCUCUAUAGGACAGUCCCCUGGGACAGGAGGCUUCUAGCCCAGAGUGGCAAGAGACCUGCAGGACCCCUGUUCAACAUCGACUGCCCUCAGAAGUCUGUCUGCCAACUACACCUCCCACACUGUCAGAUUCAUUCUGGUAAGUAUUCAUUUCAAGUAACUUUCAGGAAUAAAAGAGGAAUUUCACUUUCAAGACUGCUCUAAAGAAGAUUACUCUGCUAAUAUGCUACAUUGUCUUGGUUGUCAUUUAUAUUGUAGUAUAUCUGAGAAAGAUCUAAAUAUUCUCUUUCUUUCCCAGGUGGUGGAUGUGACUUCCUGUCUGUAGCCCAUGUGACUGAUGACAUCAUUGAGUGUCUUCCUCCUCAUGAGAUAACAGAAACACACAUUAUAAUAAACAUCACUGGAUUCUCUGCUUAUGGUGAUGUCACGGAUGAUGAUGCUCCCAUCUCCCCUAUCCAGGGGCUUGUGUUGUUAUUCCACCAACUGUUUGUCCCUGAAGAAAGGUCCAUCCUGAAUGUGUUGUUGCUUCCCAGUAAUGUUGUGAGAAAAGAGGUGAGCUGGAGCCCUACAACCCCAGAAACCUUAUUCUAUCUGGCUGGAGUUCAAUCAAACACACAAUGGGAAAUGUAA